AUGGCACGAAUAGUUGAUAAAUACAGCCUUUUCAUACUCUUAUCGUUCUUGAUAUUGCUCUCUUACUCCACUUUAGCUAACUCGAAAAAUAUAAAUGAGAAGAAACCAUGCAAGAGAUUUGUGCUGUACUACCACGACAUCCUUUUCAAUGGCACUAAUGCCUCUAAUGCCACAUCAGCCGCAACUACAAAUGACACAAAGCUCGGAAAUUUUAAGCAUGGAAAGCUUGUGAUCUUUGAUGAUCCCAUGACCAAAGAUAAUCACCUAUUAUCUCCCCCUUUGGCUCGAGCACAAGGGUUUUACUUCUAUGAUAUGAAGACUACAUAUAAUGCUUGGUUUUCAUACACGUUGAUUUUCAAUUCUAGUGAGCAUAAAGGUACAAUUAAUAUUAUGGGUGCAGAUAUGAUGGAUGAGGAGACACGGGAUCUUUCAGUUGUUGGUGGCACAGGUGAUUUCUUUAUGACACGUGGGAUAUGUACUUUUCGGACUGAUGCUUUUGAAGGUGCAGCUUAUUUUCGGGUUCAAAUGGAUAUAAAGUUGUAUGAGUGUUAUUAG